UCUGCUGUUAAUUGAUCGAUUUUUUCACAUUACACAUUACGCCUCUAUUUCGGUUAUGCAAUUAAUUAUAUACUGUUAUCAUUAUCUAAUACACAUGUAAAAAUUAGGGUGAAGCAAUAAUCACAGCCUCCAUUACUGUAAUCUAAAUUUAAGAUACAAAAGUCGAUCGUACCCGUUCUUCGAAGGUCAUUACAGAAAAACGCAAGAACAUGAUUUCAACUUCAACUGUGCAACGUUAAUUUACUUUUAAUGUAAACCGUUCACUUUAGCUUUAGAAAAUUACUUUCACAAUUAUUUAUUGUUGUGUACGUAACUGUACUAGACGCAAUUAUUGUUUUUUAAUUUUAAGCUCUUUAACUCCACACAUUUCGGUCACAAUAUAUAUUUUAUAGGUAGUAGCAUAUUUAACUGAUAAUAAAAAACAGUGAAAAUCUCAAAACUAUGGCUGCUGGGCGUGUUAUUGUAUAUGGAGGAAGAGGAGCUCUGGGAGCAAAAUGUGUAUCUUAUUUUAAGGGAAAAAAUUGGUGGGUUGGAUCAAUUGAUUUAAAUGAAAAUCCCGAAGCCGAUUUAAAUAUUGUAGUGGAACGAAAUGAUGAAGUUGCUCAGCAGGAAAAUAAUGUCGUCCAGUCAGUGUCAUCUGCUUUAAAUGGAUCUAAACUAGAUGCUGUAAUUUGUGUAGCAGGUGGUUGGGCAGGCGGAAAUGCAAAGAAAGAUCUGAUUAAAAAUUCUGAUUUAAUGUGGCGUCAAAGUGUGUGGAGUUCUCUCAUAUCAAGUAGCAUAGCUGCUUCUCACUUAAAAGAAGGAGGUCUAUUAACCUUGACUGGGGCAAAAGCUGCGUUGGAACCAACACCGGGUAUGAUAGGGUACGGAAUGGCCAAGGCAGCUGUUCAUCAUCUUACUAAAAGUCUUGGUGCAGAGAAGAGUGGUCUUCCUAAAAAUUCAGUGGUUGUUGCUAUCCUACCGGUAACAUUAGAUACACCUAUGAAUAGAAAAUGGAUGCCAGAAGCAGAUUUUUCUACAUGGACUCCCUUGGAGGAACUUGCAGAGAAAUUGUUUCAAUGGAGUUCAGGCGAAAAUCGUCCAUCAAGUGGGAGUCUCGUACAAGUUUUGACAGAAAAUUCCACAACCGAAUUUAUUCCCGUGUAAACAGCGAUACAAUGCUACAUAUAAUAACUCUUAACUAAUGAAUAUUCAAUGCCAAAAUCAUUCCAUUAAGUCUGUAUUUUUUUUUGUAAUGUGUGUUAAUACAGUGUGAGCAAGCA